AUGGCUAGCCGAGAUUUGAGUACCCUAUUCUGUCGUGAGCGGCAACAGCAACAAGCACAGUUCAGCUUAGAGAGACAGUGGACCUUCCGACACGCAGUUUUGCGCGGAGAUGCGAAGAAGCUAGAGUCUCUCGUAGAUGGCGAGGCGGCACAUGCUGCAACAUCCAUCAGGAUGGCCACCGUAUCAGCAUGUGAAGAGUGCGGUGCAUCUCUAUCCCGAUCGUUUCUCGGUCCCUCGGCCAAAGUCUGCUACCUCUGCCAUCGACUGCUCUGUGGAAGGUGUCGCUCGUUCAGCGGUCGUCCAACAUCUGUUUUGCCCCGAGCAAACAGUGCAAGCAGCGGAAUUUGUAAACUGUGUGAGAGCUGUGCAACACUAGUGAAGCUACUCCAGUACCAUCACAAUCCCCUCGAAGGACUCCCGUCUAAGCGGCAAACGAUGAUGCGGAUCCAUAACGACACUUGCGCCGCCACGACUGAGUUCGACAGCGUGAUGAGGAAUUACGAAGGCCUGGCUCGGUUGGUGACCCAGCUGGGCUCUACUCCGCCCGAGAUUGCAGCGGAGGUCACUCCUCUGGAGAAAGCCGUCAAUCAGCGUUUACGAGUCCUCGUGGAGUUACAGCGUGAAGUGGCAGCGUUGCAGUCAACUAAUGCAACGGAUACUAGGGUCCAGUCUGGGCUCCUCCGAUGGCUGCGGAACACUAUCAACGACGCCAAAUUCCAGAUAGCAGUGUCACGUAAAAUGUUGCGUACUGAGACACGGCCGCAAUAGAGAAACCCUCAAUAAUGCAUGGACGACGAUUGUACUCCGUACCAUUGUUCACGGAUACUUCCAUU